AUGCUGCGCCGGUCGACGACGACGAUGCUGCUGCCGCGCCGGGCCUUCUGGAGCGCGGCGAAGGAGGCGCUGGUGACGGGCAAGGAGACGCUGAGCGUCCUUAGCCGCGCCGAAGAGAUCGGCGCCAAGACGUCGGCGCUCGCCAACGUGCAGCUCAAUAUGACGCACUUUCUGCCCGAGCUCCUUCGCAUGCGCGUCUCGUCGCUACUCAAAGAGCGCACGCAUGUGCAACUUGAGAAGCUCAAGGAAACCAUCACGCUCGGGAAGCAGGCCAAGCGGUUCCCGCGCGACGCCCACAACGAGCAAGUCGGCUGGGAAAUGUCCAAGAAGCCCAAGAUCCCAGCUUUUUCCUACGGCCCGCAAGAGACGCUCGCGUACAUGGCCCACGAGAUGGACGGCGUCUACUCGUCCGUGCACCACGUCUUCCGGCAGAUGGCCAAGCCGGCCGUGAGCUUCCGCGACGACGACGACGACAACAAGGCGAAGAAUGCACCGUUUGCGCCCAAGAGCCUCUUGGACUUUGGCGGCGGGCCGGGCACGGCGGCAUGGGUCGCCAAGCAGUUUUACGACGACUCGAUCAACGAGUAUCGCAUCAUUGAGCCGAGCCAGAGCAUGCUGGAUGCGGCGCAGGUCACGAUGGAAGGCUUCCGCGGUCUCUCGUUCCGCAAGAGCCUCGGCGAGAUGAAGCGCGAGAUCGAGAAGGGCAAGACGUACGACCUCAUUACGCUGAGCUUUGUGCUCAGCGACAUCACCAACGACGUCGAGCGCAUUGCGAUCGUCUCGACCUUGUGGAGUCUCCUCGCCGACGGCGGCCGGCUCGUCAUUGUCGACCGAGGCAACUCGUGGGGCUCGCUCCAAGUGCGCUCGGCGCGCCAGUUUGUGCUCGACUCGCUCACGACCAACCAAGAAGAGGUGAUUGCGUCCGACGACGCGGUGCCGCACGUUGAAGGCGGCCGCAUCCUCGGCCCGUGCCCGCACGCCAAAGAGUGCCCGAUGAAGGAAGGCGAGUGGUGUCAUUUUGUACAACGGACGCCGCAGGUGUCCCAGCCGCGCCUCCCGACGCCGCAGCGCUGGACGGGCUACCACAGCAUGAAGUUUUCGUACGUCACGCUGGAAAAGAAGGCGGGCUACAGCUCGGCGGCCAACGACGAAGAGACGCACGCUCGCUUGACGCGCGGCCCGUUGACGAGCACGCGCCAAGUGACAAUCGACCUGUGCCAUCCCAACGGCUCGCUGGAGCGCCGCGCCGUGACCAAGGGCCGCGCGGUCCGGGAAGCGUACCGCGCCGCGCGCAAGUCGCACUGGGGCGGCCAAUGGCCCAAGGACAAGGACGCAUACGAGCUGCCCAAGGUGGUGUACCCACCCAAGGUGCGCAAGCCGCGCCGCCUGCGCAAGGUGGCGACGCCGCCGACGGCCACGAAACCCAACACGCUGUAA